CGGAUCGCUGUCAGGAGCGCUCGGAGGAGGGGUGGCCAUUUUAGGCUCAUUCGCAUUUGGCAGGUCUGAAGACAAUUGCGAAGCACGGAACGCUCUUCAAGCAGUGGAUAUAUAAGCUCAACAUGGCUGACGAGGGGAAGCUGUUCAUUGGGGGGCUGUGCUUCGACACGGACGAGACCAGCCUCAAGGACGCCUUCUGCAAGUACGGACACGUUUUGAAAGCUGACGUUGUGAGGGACCGAGAGACAAACAAAUCGAGGGGAUUUGGCUUUGUGACGUUUGAAAACCCCACAGAUGCUAAAGACGCAAUGACUGCUAUGGAUGGGAAGGUUGUUGACGGUAAGCAGAUCCGUGUGGAUGAGGCCGGGAAGCCUAGUGGUCGUUCAGGAGGCUCGUUCCGUGGCUCUGGACCCCGGGGGGGGUUCUUCAGAGGGGGUAGACGAGGUGGGAGUGAUUAUAUGGAAGGGGAUUUCGGAGGGUACGGGCAGAGGUCCUACCAAGAUAGAAGUUAUGGAGAUAGAAGUAACAGUAGAGAAGGAGGCUUUGGUGGGAAUAGAAACUAUGGCGAUGAAGAGAGAAGUUACGGCGGAUACCGGAGUGGCGGCAACAGCCGUGGUGGUGGUGGAUACAAUGCCGGAUACAACCGGGACAACAGGAGUCAGACCAGCUAUGGAGGAGAGCAGCGCUCUGGAUCCUACAGGGACGGCUAUGACAGCUAUGCCUCAAACGAGUAAAAACACAAAAAAUCUUCCUGAUUUCAAGACCAUCACCAACCUGCACAGUUUUUUUCUAAAGAUUUCCAAGACCUUUUUUUUUUUUUCGCUUUUUGGGGGGAGGCAGUGGUUAUUCUUUUUGUGAAAUAUGGUUACUUGGCCUUGUAUCUUAAAUCCCUUGUUUGAGUGUUUAUUUUUGGGGUUUUUGUGUGCUCUACAACUCCGCUGGCACUACCGUAGACUAAAGCGCCACUAGUUAUGCUCCAUUCAUGAUCUCAUACUUCCUCCCUCGUUUAAGUAACCAUACUGAGGAUCUAGAGUUGCCUACAGAAUUGCCGAGUAGCUUCUGUGCUUAAUCACUAGGUGAGAUCUCUGCUGUUCCACACAACCUGACAGCUUCUACAUCCAAUUCUCUAUCUGCGAAUAAUGACGGCCGCAAAAACAUUCGGUUCGAGUGCAAAAAUGUCAUCAGCGCUUUUGCUGCCAACAGCAAAAAAUAUUCAACUCGAAAUGAUUAUUCAAACACAAUAAGACAUGUUUGUGAAGCUUGACAUGCUGUGGAUAUGCCGUCAUGGUCUUUGCCAACGUCUUCAGCUCUGCCCCUCCUACCAUUUUUGAGAACAUUUAUUCGAUAUGGGCCCUGGUUUCUUUGCAUGAUUUUAUUUUAUUACUCAUUUAGAUGACCUGUUACCUAACUUGUUAAAGGGGCUAGAUGGUGGAGGAGUGGCCUAUUGCUCAACUUGGCCUUAUAUUUUAAAUACAUUUUUUUUGGAGCAUUAUUUUCUUUCCUCAAAACCAACCCUUAACCGAUGAUUUGGCAUUUCCUCAUGCUCUCAUUUGGGUAUGUUCAUACUACACUACCCGGUGCUGGGUGUAUAUGCUUGCCUGGCUAGCAUUUGAAAACGCCCAACAGAUUUUGCCAUUUAAAAGUUUUAGAAAAUAAACUAUUGAAAACAAGUUAUUUAUAUUUACUUAUCCAUGAGUCAGAUUUUUGGCUUUGGAAAAACUUUAUUUAAAAAAUUUGCACCGAUUGUGUCAACAGAGAAUAUGAACUUGGUGAAAUGAGAAAUACACAACCCCAUCCUUUUGACAACAAAAAUAAAUAAAGGAGGCAAUGGCGGUUUCAAAUUGUAGGGAUGGACAUGAUACAAAAUAUUCUGGAUGACUCUGGAAAUGCUACAACCCGAAAUUGCAAAUGUAUCAGGACAGCUGCGCUUUCUAGCCCCUUUUUUUUAUUUAAAAGAAAGAAGUCGCUGCAAUAUAUAUAAUGACAUCCUGAGGAAUCCCGUCACAAUUGGCUGCAGUUUGGGCUGAUCAUUGAGAAAUGUGCUCUGUUUGUGUAUCAGUACUUUUUUUAUUGUCUCUUCUGGCCUUAUUAGGCCCUAUUAAAACUACCCGUGGAAAAUUCUCUGAUUCCUGAUUUCCUCCGAAAAAGAAGCCAGUUUAAAACAACCUAGGAAUCUGAUUUAGAAUUCACUGAAUACAGUUAGUACAGACAUGUGGCUUUCAGCAUGAGGGGUGGGCUCUAUGUAGCUGCUAGGGACAACGUGUCUGGAUUUUUUUUUAAUUUAAAUUAUUAUACGUCUGCUUACACCAGCCUGGAUAUGAAGGGGUGGGCUUCUAGGAUGAGACGGACGAGGAACUGAAAUGUACUCCUGCUGUCCUCCUGCUGCUGCUGUUUCUGGUUCUGUCAUAAUGCUUCAUUACACCCAAGAUCUCUGGCCGCUAUCGUUUUGGAAAUCAACAAAGUCCUUGGAGAAUGAAGUGUUGGGCCUACCGACACAUGAGUCCUCCUGUCUCUGGUGAACGCUGCUCACUUGGCUAGUUCAUAAUUGGAGAUAGUGCCAGUAAAGUGAGGUAACAUUUUUUGCUCUCCUGUUCACAUCCCUCAAACAGUUAUCAUGUUGAUGUCCCAUCUUAGACUGUCUACCACUUUGACCACGAUGCAAUGGGACUCUCAGCCGUUGCUAAGGCUUGGCCUGGACUACUUCCAAAAGAUGAAUUUCAUCCAGUAGCACAUCCUGGCUUUCGGAGUAUUUCUCGUAAAAAAAAAAAAGGACCUUUGGGGAAUUAAAUAAUCCGACGUCAAAGGCUGUUUACCCACGAGUUCUCCCAAAAUCCCCGAAGCCUACUAAAGUAUUUCUAAGAGAAAAUGUGUCAUAGGAAAUAGACGGAUCCCCCAUUGUGCAUACAUUGUCUACCAUUGAGACUGCAAUUUCUCAUUUGUGGUAAAGGGCUUAAAGGGUGGUUAAUUAUAACUAUACCAUUGCUCUGUUAAAUUGACUUGUUUGUGCGUGUGUGUGUGUCGGCGCAACUGCAUAACUGCCGCUAAACUACUGGAGGGCUUGAUAUUGAUUUUGUUUUCCUGUCCAUCC